AUGGGCAAAGAAAAGAAGAAGAACGGCAAGAAGGGAGAGAAAGGCGCCACCUUGGCCGUUGCCCACGAACCUGUUCGGGAGUCUGCUCUUUCUUUGCACUCGUUGGCGGGUGGCGGCCAGGUGGAGGAGCCGCAGGUGGUCGUCGUGCCCCAUGAAGAGCCCAAACCCUGUGAGGAGCCACCGCCCCCCGAACCCGUGGAGUACGAAGAGCCCAUCCUCACCCGGCUCAUCGUAGAAAGCUACGAAGGAGAAAAAGUCCGUGGGUUAUAUGAGGGAGAAGGACUAGCAAAAUUCCAAGGAGGAAAUGUAUACCAAGGCAUGUUUUCAGAAGGCCUCAUGCAUGGACGAGGAACUUAUACAUGGGCUGACGGAGUGAAGUACGAGGGAAACUUUGUGAAGAAUGUGCAGAUGGAUCAGGGCAGUUACACUUGGCCCGACGGCAGUGUCUACGAAGGCAACGUGAAGAGCGGCAUCAGGCACGGCUUCGGCAUGUACAAGUGCGGCACCCACCCCGUUUCGUAUGUUGGCCAGUGGUUCAAAGGCAAAAGGCACGGCAAGGGCACCGUUUAUUACAACCGGGAAGGCACUUCUUGGUACGAAGGCGACUUUGUAAACAAUGUCAAAAGUGGAUGGGGGAUAAGAUGCUACAAAUCUGGCAAUAUGUACGAAGGCCAAUGGGAGAGAGACGUGCGCCAUGGUGAAGGACGGAUGAGGUGGCUGACAACAAAUCAGGAAUACACCGGACAGUGGGUGGAUGGAACACAGCAUGGGUUCGGUACUCACACUUGGUACCUGAAGAGAAUACCUGGGUCACAGUAUCCCUUAAGGAACGAGUAUGUCGGAGAUGUUGUACAAGGCGACCGCCACGGUCAUGGGAAAUUCUUCUUUGCCAGCGGAGCCAUGUACGACGGAGAGUGGGUUUUCAAUAAAAAGCACGGCAUGGGUAAGCUUGUGUUCAAGAAUGGGCGUGUGUACGAAGGUGAAUUUAUAGAUGACCGUAUCGCAGAGUUCCCAGCUUUUCAGAUAGACGACACAAACAUGCAGAACCUGAGCAACUUUUGCACUCCAAGUCCCUUUGGCACCGAAAGUGUCAAAGUGGUCAAUGGCCCAGGACGUUUGCCUGUGCAAGGAUCGACCAUAGAAAUAGACAUUUCGACCUUGUUGGGUAUAUUUCCAGAAAAGGACAGGGAGGAGGAAAUCAAACAGACGGAGUUCGCCGUGCUGAGGCAUAUCUCGGAACUGAGGAAAAUCUACACCUUCUACAGCAGCCUAGGGUAUGACCACUCUCUCGACAACACCUUCCUGAUGACCAAGCUUCAGUUCUGGCGGUUCUUGAAGGACUGCCGGCUCCAUCAUUGCAACGUGACCCUUGCCGACAUGGAUCGGAUCCUGAACGAUAAAUCUUCUCUGGAAGAGAUUCACUCCCCUUACGAGACGCUGCUGCUUCGAAUGUUUUUGACCUACCUGAUCUAUUUGUCGUUCCACAUCUAUCACAAAGAGUUUGGCGAUAUGAGUCCCCGUCUGUUCAAGUGCUUCUCCAAAAUGAUGACGAAGAACAUCCUCCCCAACGCCUGUCAAAUAAAAGGCGUUUUGUUCAGCGACCGACAAGAAACGGUCUAUGCUGUCAAUUACAUUGACAAGUGCUGGGAGAUUUACCAAGCUUUCUGCAGACCGAAUUCCUUAGCCCCUUACGAGCCUACUAUGAAAAUGAGGCAUUUCCUCUGGAUGCUGAAAGAUGUAAGACUCGUAAGCAAGCAAUUAACCGCUACCAAAAUUGUGGAUAUACUGGCGAAAGACAGUCCCUGCGUCCGGGAAGGAGAAGAAACCAAUUUAGAGAAAGAGCUCGUUUUCCUUGAGUUUUUCGACGCCCUCCUUGACUGCGCCCCGCUGUACAUUACCGACGAAAUGUUGAAGCAGCAAGUGGAACUGACCAGUCAGCGGGGAAGCCAUGGCCAGCCGGGCGACUACCCCGAAGGAGUCAAGGGUUCUCCUCCACCUCAGGAGUUGUCCUCUCGUCAGUCAUUUCAAACCAGAAGUACAAGCAGUGGCGAAGCAAGCCACGAAACCGGGGACACGGCCCUUGGCCUCGUUAGCGGCAAGUCUUCCGCAAGCAAGAUUGUGCAUUUUGUUGACGUUUCAAAGGCGAAGACCAAGGGAAAAGCCAAGGACGGUGACAAAGAGGGGAAAGUGUCUCGGCGCAGUUCAAAAACCUCCCCGAGAGAGAGAGCAGACUCACAAGCAAGUCAAACUGUCACAGUUCUGAAUGUCACCUUCACCUCCGACGUGAUGCCCGCAGAUGACAAAGAGGAAGCGGGAUCUCAGACUCUGCCAGACUUGCAGGAGGAGCACAGCCCCCUUCUCAGCACUCCCCUGAAAGAAUUAGCUGAAAAACUGGAAAAGGCCAAAGAGGACCAGAAGGCCCAGCUCAGCCUGUGGAUGAGCCGCAUCUAUGUCUUCUUUGUGAGGAAAUUCUUCGCGAGCUACAAGCACUUGCAAGUCGUGAAGGAGACCAUUUUGGACAACCGGGUGCGGGACGCGGAGCUGGCGGCGCAAAGGAAGAUCCAGGAGGAGGAGGAGGAAGCCCGGCUUUAUGCCAUGUGGGAAGCAGAAGAGGCUAAAAAGCUAGAAGAAGCUGCUGCCGAAAAAGCCGCCCUGGAGCUCGAAGAAAGCAUGAGCAGAGAGGCAGAAGAGGGAUCGGUCCAGCUGCAGUCUCCGCCAAAGGAAGAAUCUCCCAUUUCGCCCCAGGUCCAGCCGAGCAAAACUGCUGCUUCAGGGAAGAAAAAGAAAAAAUAA